UAUCACCAUUCACCAGUGGAUUUUUGAAUACCUGACGUUUGUACACAGAAUAAUUAUUCCGUGGUUUGUAUAUGGGAUUACGGGGGAGUAAAUUAUAUUUUUAUUUUAUAACGUUCUCAACUUCUCAUUGACUUCUACACAAUUUACAUUUUACGUUUUAUAUUAUUUGGUGUAGACUGUAGACAAUUUGAAUGAUACUAAAAAAAUAUACUUAAAAAAGGUUCAUAUUUUAUUCACCUUAAAUCAAAUUACCGGCGAUAUUUUUAUACUGAAUUUAAAAUGACUUUUGCAACUGAUAAAUUUUAUGGUGGAUUAACCGUUGGUGUACUGAUUGGUCUGGCUCUCCAUACGAUCGUUAAUUAUAUUUUCAAAACUAAUUGUACAAGUCAAGAUAAAAAAAGCGUGGUUGAAAGUCAACAACAAGCACCCAAAUCGCUACCAAAUAAAAAUGGAGAAUUCAAAAUUGCAUUAUUGGUUCGCCAUGAUUUGAAAAUGGGCAAAGGCAAAGUUGCAGCACAAUGCUCACAUGCAAUUGUGCACUGUUAUGAAGAAGGCUUGAGGUUAAAACCAAGAGAAAUAAAAAGCUGGGAGUCAAACAAUAAACCAGUAAAUAUAUUCAAGGUAGCAGAUGAAGAAACUAUGUUAGAAUUUCAGAAAUUGGCCAUUGAAAAAGGAUUCACUACUUAUGUAGUAGUAGAUGCAGGUCGUACACAAGUCGCUCCCAGAUCUAAAACAGUGAUGGCUAUAGGUCCAGUUGAAAAAGAAUGUGCAGUCGUAUCAGUUACUGCAAACAAUAAAACUAAAUUGCGCAAUUUACCCUCUCAGUGUGCUAGAGUUGUUUUACGUGCACCAGAUUUAAAAACAUUAGAAUGUGUUCAAAAGCAAUGCAAGUUAUUUGACAUUCCAACAGCAACUUUUACUGAAAACAAUGAAAUGACGGUUUUAGCGAUUGGUCCAGCUAAUGAAGCUUCUAUAAAUGCUCAAGUGCACAGUUUAAAAUUAUACUAAUAUUAUUUACUAUUAAAUAUUUAUAUUUGAA